AUUCUUGACGCGCGCUCCUUAUGUCCAUAUUGCGCUCGCAAUCUUAUAUAUCGCGAUCUUACCCGCGUUUUUUCCUCGAUCGCGGAUCCAGCUGGAUCCGCGAUCGAGGGAGAGACGCGAUCGUCCACGCGUGCUCAUCUUAUCAUCGCGAUAAAGCGCGAUGGUUGAAAGACGCGUCCCCUCGCCAGGUCACACACGCGCUUCGUCAUCUCCAUCCCGUUCUCCUCUUUCUCCCGAUUUCGUUUCUCCAGACCGACUCCCUACUCUGAGCAUCCUCUCAUUUUACAAUCGCUCGCCGCGAUAUUACCGCAAUAUCUCUCUCUCUCUCUCUCUCUCUUCCGGUAGGAGAGAUAACAUUUUACUCUCCGGAAUAUUAGAAGAGAAUAUGCCUGGAAGUUGCAUAGCUAUAGAAGGUAUUCGUAGGCAAUUUCUAUUCAGCAAUAUUAUACAUCAUCAUGACGUCAAGAUUAGAUAGAUUAUUUAUACUGCUGGAGACUGGAACAAAUGCGGUAACUAAACGAGCAGCUGCGCAACAGCUGGGGGAAGCACAGAGAUUACAUCCUCAUGAUUUGCAUCAUUUAUUAGCAAGAGUCUCUACUUUAUUAAAAUCUCCACAAUGGGAUACUCGGGUAUCGGCCGCUCAUGCUGUGCAAGCUAUACUUGCUCAAGUUCCACCCUGGGAUCCAGAAUUUAUUAAGAAGGAAACCUCUGCAGAUGAAUUGGAAGUGACAAAACGGAAAACUUCCACUGCUAGAUUGAAUUUAAAAUCCUUCGACAUGGGUAGAGUUCUAGCAGGUAGUUCACAUCUUACUGGAUCGGAGGGCAGCGAGUAUGAUUUAACUAUAUCGGAGGGAGAGCAACUAUCACUUCCUAAUCANCAGGAAAAACUAGCCGCAAAGCUGGGUUUUCAUCCACGUUUGAUGGGCGUCGAUACUGCUGAUUUAUUUACCGUUGAAGAUCUUACUCCAAUGGUGCAGAUGACACAAGUCACCACGAUAUCUGUCGAUGAAACUUUGAAACAACCAGGAGGAUUGAGCAGAAGAGAAAUGAACAGAGCAAAACGAAAAGCGCGUCAAUCAGUGUCGAAACAGCGAUCACGCGAACCAGAGGAUCAUCGCGCUAACGAUGACCAUUCGAAUUCAACGAAUGCUCAAUCGCCAGUGACUAAUACUGAACCCCCGGUCAAAAAAUUGAUAUUAGAGGAAAUGAUCUCAUCAGACGCUGGAUCGAAAUGCAGCGUACCCAGCGAGCUCGUAAGCGGAGUGCCAGAUGGGACUGGAUGCUGGCCCGACUCUGUUGUAAAUUGGCCUUUAGAACCUUUUGCAGAAAGCUUGUGCCAAGAUCUAUUCAGUCAAAAAUGGGAAGUGCGUCAUGGGGCAGCGACAGCUUUACGGGAACUCAUAAGACUCCAUGGAAAAGGAGCGGGCAAAUCGAGAGCUCAGACCAUAGAAGAAAUGCAAGAAAGCCAUUAUGAGUGGAUAACGGACGCCGCUUUACGGUUAUUAUGCGUAUUAGGACUCGAUCGAUUUGGAGACUUUGUUUCUGACCAAGUUGUUGCGCCAGUACGAGAAACGUGCGCACAAGCGUUGGGAUCGCUCUUCUUAUUAAUGCCCGGCGGCCAACAAGCUAAAGAUAUUAAUGGCGUUUUUCACGGAAUACUCUCCAUAGUGCUGAAACUCUUGGGACAUGACGAAUGGGAAGCCAGACACGGUGCGCUUCUUGCACUCAAAUAUUUAUUGGCCGUACGAGACGAUUUAUUGGACGAGAUGUUGCCGAGGGUGUUUCCCGUUAUUAUACAAGGACUUUCUGAUCCCGUGGACGAUGUGGGUGCGGCCGCCGCGAGCGCGCUUAUACCAGUGGCGUAUGCCCUGCCGCGAUUGUUGGAACCAGCGGAACUAGAAGCGAUCGUGAUACGUCUUUGGCAAUUGUUAAAGGAACAAGACGACUUGGCCGCGGCUUGUAAUAGUUUUAUGGGUCUCUUGGCCGCGAUACUCUCAUUACCGUCGGCACACGCUUGCUUGACGCCUCAACCGUUAUCACAGGUGUUACCACGUUUAUGGCCGUUUCUCAACCACUCGAGUUCGAGUGUACGUAAAGCCACGCUGCGAACGCUGCAGACUUUGACCGAGGAUGACGGCGAUCGCAACGAGGAUAAGAAAGAACGGUGGGGCGAUGGUGGCGGAAUAGUUCUGCAGGAAGCAUUACGACAUGUAUUUCAGUGUGUGCUGAUUGAACAUAUUACCGCAAUACAAGACGUGGCCGAGCGUGUCUGGGAGAAUCUAGUCGUACAGAGUGAUCUCGAGUUAUUGCUACACGCGGCGUGCCCGCACGUCAGUACAUGGCUUUGCCUUGCUAUGCAGCCGGAAUACGUGCCAUUCAAUCCGAAUCUAUUAAUGAUCGUCACUAGUGGCAUCACUAAGGGUGCGAAGAAUAAUCAAACGGUCACCUACUGCGAUGGACAAUCGGAUACCAGCAGUAAUGGCGGAAACGUAAACGCGACUGCGAAAACGUUAUCCGAGCUGAAAAUGUAUAUUGGCGGUAUCGAAACAGUGGCGCUCAACGUACGAAAAGCGAACGUGGUGCAGGCUCGUUGUAGAGCAUCUCGUAUGUUAGGACUAUUGUCGCACUAUGUCGUACAGCCCGCGCCGGGCGUGAUUUAUCCACCGGACGUGCCCAGCCCAGCGCUAUGUUACGCCAAGGUAUUACUAGCGCAUCUCAAUUCGCGAUCAGCAUUACAACGCACAGUCGUCGGACUCACGAUGUCUCAUUGGGCGACCGUAGCUCCCCUGGAGCCACCCGAGAUACCAGAUAUACUCAGCGACAGACUAUUGGCUUGUUUAAACGAAUGUAUGUACUACGACGAAAUUGCGGCUUCCUUUACUCGAUUGCUGCACGAAAGUCGCGAUUACAUCGCGACUUUGAAGCAUUAUAAGCUGCCUGUGCCGGUUGAUGUAGAUUCGUCCGGCGUAAUGACUCUCGAUCAGAUCGCGGCACUUGCUGGGAAAACGAUUCCUACCCUCUGUACCGCGGGAGCAAACGCAGGCGGAGCUGGAAAUAUCAGCGGCUGUUCGAUAUCUAUUAAAUUGAAACCUAAAUUAAUAGAGAGUUUAGAGGAGAGGAGGCGAGCGUUGGACGUCGGAGCGGCUACGACGGCGGCGCAACAACAAUCGUUGCACGUUAUGUCAAUGGCCGCGCUUGCUGGCGCCGCCACAAUGUUACAUUGCCUUCCCCAACCUCCACAGCCGCUCAAUCCGUUGGUGAAACCGCUGAUGGAAGCUAUAAAACGGGAAGAGAAUGAGGAAUUGCAGAAACUGGCUGCAAAACAUUUGUCUCAUCUAGUCGAUCUUUGUGUCGACAGGAAACCUUCUCCGAACGCAAAGAUUUCUACCAAUCUAUGUACAUUCCUAUGUUCUGAUGUCGAAUUCACACCGCGAAUAUAUUGCGCCGGCGAUAAUGAUAUUUUUGAUGGAAUACUCACUUUAAAUAACAGGCAAAAGCACGCCGAGAGAAUAGCGUAUAAUCGUGGUGCAAGUAGUGGACUCGGCGGUAGUCGAGGCCCCGGUAGGCCACCAACGACCGAGAUUCCUCUAGAAGAGUUGCUCGCUUGCGAAGAACCAGAAGCCAAAGCUGCCAGAACGCGACGCCGUGGAGCUACGCUAGCAUUAACAGCCAUAGCUACUCUCUUCGGUGCUCGGUUACCUGUCCGUCUGCCUCAGUUGUGGGACCUGAUUUUACCAGAUGUACUAAAAGAUACGAACAAGCAAGAUAAUAUACAAGAAGAAGAUGGAAAUCAAUUGAUAUUUAGUUUACAAGUGUUGGAGAUCAUGGCACCUAGUUUGGAUAAAUCUCUCUUACCACCCGCAUUAGAAUGUUUACCGCGUUUAUGCAAUUUAUUAGCGCAUCCGUAUAAAGCUGUUAGGCAUAUGGCUUCGCGGUGUAUAGCUAUAUUAGCAACUCUAGAUGCGGAGAAGACAAUGGUACACAUAAUACGAAGCGUUAUACCACUUUUAGAGACGACCGGCGGUGAAAAAAAAUGUUCCUCGGGUAUAGUGGCACCAAAUAAAGUCGAUUCCAUACGCCAGGGAGCCACGGAAGCUCUAGCCUGCAUCGUAGAGAGCUUAGGGGUACAAGUGAUACCGUACGCUGUAUUAUUCAUGGUACCCUUACUCGGACGUAUGAGCGAUCAGAAUCAAGCUGUAAGAUUGGUUUGUAGCGCGACAUUCGCUACACUCGUGCAACUGUUACCGCUGGAUCCUGGCGCAGUCGCAGACCCACCGGAUUUGGUGCAAGAGAAGACGCAGGAACGAAAAUUCUUGGAUCAGCUUCUGAAUCCCCGUAAUAUUCCCAAUACGGAGCUACCAAUUCCCGUAGCUGCGGAACUGCGUUCUUAUCAGCAUCAGGGUUUGAAUUGGCUGAAUUUCCUGAAUCGUUACCAUCUUCACGGAGUCCUGUGCGACGACAUGGGUCUUGGAAAAACGUUACAGACUCUUUGCAUACUGGCACUGCACCAUCAUCGUAAUCCACAGGCGCCGAGUAGUCUGGUGGUAUGUCCGCCGACUCUUACAGGUCACUGGGUAUAUGAGGCCGAGAAAUUCUUCAAAGCACGAGAUUUGUCGGUUAUUCAAUAUGCCGGGACACCACAAGAACGCGAAAAGCUGCGUCCCCGGGUGUCGCAUCACAGACUCGUCGUCGCGAGUUACGACAUUGUACGAAAGGAUAUUGAAUUCUUCGAGACACAUCAAUGGAAUUACUGCGUGCUUGAUGAAGGCCAUGUGAUAAAAAAUGGUAAGACGAAGAGUGCCAAAGCUGCGAAACGACUGCACGCCAAUUAUAGGCUCAUAUUGUCCGGCACACCGGUACAGAAUGAUGUGCUCGAGUUGUGGUCUCUAUUUGACUUUCUGAUGCCGGGCUUUCUCGGCAGCGAAAAACAAUUUGCCGCUAGAUAUUCCCGUCCUAUCUUGGCUUGUAGAGAACCAAAAGCAGGACCGAAGGAACAGGAGGCUGGUGCUUUAGCCAUGGAGGCUCUUCAUCGACAGGUACUGCCCUUCUUACUGAGACGAAACAAGGAAGACGUAUUACAAGAUUUGCCUCCCAAAAUCACACAGGAUUAUUACUGCGAUUUGUCGCCUUUGCAACGUAUACUUUAUGAGGAUUUUCGCACUCGUCAUUCGGCUACUCUUACCUCCUCCGGCUCCUCGUCUUCGAGCGAUCCCCAAAGCGGUCACGUAUUCGAGGCGCUGCGAUACUUGCGUAAUGUUUGUAAUCAUCCUAAGCUGGUGCUAAGUCAACGGCAUCCACUUUAUCAAACGGUUUGCGAUAUGUUGAAACAGCAACAGAGCACACUGGCGGAAAUCGAGCACGGUGCCAAGUUACCCGCGCUGAAGCAACUGUUACUAGAUUGCGGUAUUGGACAACAGCAGCAACAGCAAGCUCGUUCGAAUUCCUCAGUCACCGCGAAUCUUGCCGCGGAAAGCACCCAAGAACAGCAGUUAGUUAGCCAACAUCGCGUUCUGAUUUUCUGUCAAUUGAAAGCGAUGCUAGACAUUGUGGAGAAGGAUUUAUUACGCACUCAUCUGCCGACGGUGACUUAUCUCCGUCUCGAUGGUAGCGUACCGGCAGCGCAGAGACACUCGGUCGUGGCACGUUUCAACGCCGACCCAUCGAUAGACGUUCUCUUGCUGACUACCCAGGUCGGUGGUCUUGGACUAAACUUAACAGGAGCGGACACUGUCAUAUUCGUGGAACACGAUUGGAAUCCCAUGAAAGAUCUCCAAGCAAUGGACCGCGCGCAUCGUAUAGGUCAAAAGAAGGUGGUCAAUGUAUAUCGCUUGAUCACCAGAUCGACAGUAGAGGAGAAGAUCAUGGGACUGCAGAAGUUUAAGCUCCUCACUGCGAAUACGAUAAUAUCAACGGAGAACGCUUCACUGGAAACCAUGGCUACCGAUCAGUUGUUAGAUUUAUUCUCGUUGGAUAACGGCAAGGAGAAGAAAACGGAUCAUCACGAGGACGCUGCUUUGUCAAAACUUCCCGGCCUACCAGGGCUCAGCCGUUCUGUGUUGGAUAUUCUACCUGAGCUCUGGGAACAGCAACAGUACGAUGAUGAAUACGAUCUCGACUCAUUUUUAUCCACUCUGAAGGCUGAUAGCCAGUAAGCUUGUACCUCGAUAAAUCAUUGAACGUAGAUUAGAAUUCGGUAAGUUCUCAUCGAGUACUUUCAUUUUGGAGUGGAAGUUGCCACACAAAAUCGAGUGAACAUAUUGUAGAAAUCAGCUCCGACUGCAAACUCUCGCUUACGCGCAAUUCAGAAGUUAUAGCGCAUCCCAGUGGCCAAAAGCGACCACUUAAGUAAUUUAUGUAUUUAAAAAAUAAUUUACACAUCUGAUUAAAAAUUAAUCAAUUCUUAAUCUAAUCGCAUUGCGUUCUUGUUAAAUGUUAAUAUUAAGAAGAAUGACAUACAUCGUACCUAAACUCAAAUAGCCGGUAUGAUAGUAAGUAGAGAUAGAUUAAGAUAUCUUGUAAACGUGUGUGUUUUGUUUAGUUAUAAUAAUUUAUAAAAAUGCCGAUACAAUUAUUACAA